AUGGGGGACUGGGAAGAGGUCUUGUUCCGGUUUCAUGACUUCAAUACUAUCCGAGUAAUUUAUAACAGGAAGGCAGGCGCUCCAAAUAAGGACAAAACAGACUUCGACAAGUUCCUGAUGGGGACGACUACCGCUAUAAAUAAGAAGAUCUACGGGUUUUACAAGUACAGCCCGACAGAUCACAAUAAGAGAAAUCCCUCUUCUGGUUUUGCCACAAUAUCCCAGCUGGUCAUCUAUUCAAAAUACGGAGUAUCUGAAACUCACUCUGGCUCAGACAAGUGGAUUGACAUGUGGUAUAGUGCUGACAGCUCAAACAACUACGUCACUUCCGACGACAGCCGCGCGCGUGGUACCAAGUGUAUCGCGGGCUACUGUUAUCUGAACAAACCAAUCUGGGUAAUGGUGCGAUAGGAACAAACUGUAGUUGAAAACAAAGGAAAGGCGCUGUUAAGUUUCUGUAAGGUGUAGGGAUUUAAAAAAAAAUAUGUAAAGACAGUCAAGCUUUGCUGUAAUUGUACCAAGUGUUAUGAAACGGUAUUGGAUAUUGUAAGCUUGGUGAUUGGAUAAGGAGAAUAAAUACUGUUGAAACAUUUCCUUGAUUUUAACAAAGAUCAACUUCAGUCCAUUUUUAUUCAUAUUCGCUUUUUUUCGAUUAUGUGCAUUUCAAUAUGGGAUUUUUUGCCUUUAACUGUUAUCGGUUGAUAACGCGUUUACAAAAUAUCAUGUCUCUAGUAGUCUUACGGAGUCCAGGAAUAAAGUUUCACACUUUCCAGAAGCCGAAAUAGAGAGAACGUUAUUAAAAUAAGAGGUUUUCUGAUCGACCACUUUAAAAUCAUAUUCGUGCCUGGCAUUUGUAGCUAAAACACCACUUAGAUGAAAGGGGUACGCAUAGUAUUUGAUUCAUCCCCCAAUCAGUGUCUGACGACUUUUCGGGCAAAGGCCCAUAUUUGUAACGAGUUUUAAGUAGCGGUGAAAAUGAAUGAUAGUCUCCCAAAUGCCUUGUUUCAAGCUUAAGGCUAGUGGUUAUUUUCUUGUAUUGUAAAAUUUUAAACAGAGUUUUUACUGUUUACGGUUUCCUUUCAACAUAUAAUUGAAAUUUUGUCAAAAAUUUGGUUUGUCUGAGUAAACUUCUGCUCAGAAAGGUUUCUUUUGUACAUAUGGAUGUAAGCAAGUACAUGAAAGCACUGGCAAGAAAAAUAAUGCAUUCGUAUCCACGGGUCAUAAGUUUUGGGUGCCCUGUGCAGAAAACCCGCUUUCCUUAACACUCAUGGCACGAGGCCACGAAAUGCGGCUCUGUUUCGUUUGAGGGAAACUCAGCGGAUUGAAGCCUACAUUUCCUUGAGCAAAUGUCUCCUCGGAAUGCAAAGGUUUUUAAAAAGAAGAGGAAGUUUCCAAGCCAUUUGCGCAGAUUUUCCCGGCAUUAAUCUAUCGCUGAAGAAGAGUUCGAUAUCUGUCGUGAAAAGUUCGAAAACCGAAAAAGAUACUUUGGAUGUGAUUCCACCAUGGAACUUUGCCACUCGCGUUAACUUUCAAUUUUUGCGCGCACGUACGACAACAUCAAGCCUCAGCUAGUUACAUGGCAAUAUGUGUUUACCACUUAAAUCUCUCAAACUACGUGAUUACGCUUCUGCAAAGUCCUCUCUGCCGUUCUGUCAAGGGCUUUUGGCGAGAAUCAGCGCAUGUUUCAGAUGUUUAUAAUCAUUCAAUGAAACUAAAAGGAAAAGGAAAGCAAAACGCUCAGCCUUCUGAGGCUUGACUCCUUAAUAAUCUCAAUUGGGAUAAUCAUUUACACUCUCAGCAUGAACCGGAAAUAUUAUAAAAGGUGUCGUUAAAGCUUGAAUGCAAAAAUGUUCUUUGCCUUUAGCCUGACCUCGUUGCUAGUGUAUGGUCCCUCGUCAUCCCGAGCCAGUUAAGGAGAUAUAGGGAAUGACUUAGAAUUUGAACUUAUCCUAAUCUUAAUCUUCGCGGACACUUUUGGGAACUGCAAAAGGAACUCACAACAGUGCAACCCACGCACCGUACAUACACGCAAACGAAGAAAACAAAACGUUCCAAAAUUUUGCUAAAUGCAUUCGUCACUAUGUUUACGCAUAAGGCAAAAAUAAUGCCACGCCCCUUUCGAACAAUGCCGGCGGGCAAAAACAGUCAAGAUCUAUUUCCUUUUAGAUAUGAUCUGUUUCCCUUUGAGGGUAAUUUAAUCUUAUUUAUCUUCCCAUGAGCGUUCGAAAAGAAUCAGCUAUUUUAUUCAGAUGUUGAAAAUCAUGUGAUGCAACGAAAUAUUAGGGAAAGAUAGGGAAAAUUAUUCAUUCAGAUGGCUUUUGAGCCAGCAAAUUUCGGAUUACAGUAUAAUUAAUUGUAGUUACCUUUGUAGAAAUAGUGCGUGACCAAAAAUAGCUCUUCAAUGUCAUGUUACACACAUACCCGUAUUUAGUUUAACCUAGCUGUUGACCAGAACGUAAACAAUACAUCACGCAGUUAACCAUUAUUAGGUAUACAUUACUAACGAUAGAUGAUAGAUGUGAUCAGUCUUUGCUGGGACAGGUUUUUCUUUGAACGACAUACUACGAAACAAGCAGUGGCCGGGGAUGGUAGAUCAGGAAAGCUAAAAUGUUUCGAUUACUAAUUGUAUUGACCUCUGUUGUUGCCCUGAGCUCUUGUUCAACCCCACAGAAUAAAUUGGUAGGUUUGAUUAAGUUGUGCAAUAUAUUAGGACUGCAGAGCUAAAUGUUUUUUCUUUCAAUUUUAAGGAUUAAUGACUGAUUUCGCAAUUCUUCUCCUCAUAUAUUAAACAGCUUGGUUUGCAUCUUACGUGUGGAUUGGAAUUUAGGGUUCUUUUCAUGUAACACCUUAUAGUUAAAUCGAUCGAGAAUUCUGAAUAGUGCAUUUUAAUUGUUUAUGUUGAUUACCGCAGGACACGGGAAACGAUGCACAACAAAACCACUGUGGAAAGUCUGAUUCAAAGGAAUGCUGUUGCUGUCGCGACGGUAAUUAUUGAACAGAUAACGGACCAAUACAACAUUGAAAUGAAAAGUCGGUUUUCACAAUGAUGACAACUUUCAAAAAAUAACCUUCUUCAUACCGUAUAGCAUUUGAUGACAUCUAUGGACUGAUUAAUUGCCAAAGGUUAACUUUGCUGAUCAUUUCUUCUGGAGUCAAAUUUCUGAGCCAAAUUAGUUUCAAUUCAUGAGUUAGAAAUGAGUGCAUCGGGGGCAGAAAUAGUCUGCCACUUUGGCUUUAUUUAAGUUUGUUAAAAGCAGUUCCUUAAAUUUUUAAUUUAAGCCAUUUAACCAAAGUAUUUGUGUCGCUAUAGGAGAUAUAUUCAAAUAAAAUAUCCACAGUAUCGCAGAGUCAGUUAAUUAUGUUAAUUAUGUUAUAUAUAUAUAUAUAUAUAUAUAUAUAUAUAUAUGUUGCGAUAGGGGGAAAAAACAGAGAGACUAUACUUUCAUCCCUACAAGCCUGUUUCGUAAAAUAUGUAUAUAUAUAUUAUAACUGCUUUCAAUAAAGACUCUAGAGGAUUCCAAGACAGGAUAGUAAAAGGUGAUGUUGUCUUUUUGUGAUGAUUAAUUAUUAAUAAACCCCUCUUAUCAAUUUUUUUGCAUAAGACGCAUGCCCAGGUCCUGAGGGUAUUCCUUUAAUAGAGGUUCCAUCGUCUACGAAUUUCUUCACUUCCAGGUCACUUCUGAUUGAUAAGAUUUUUUUAAAUUUUAUCUUUCAGGUAGAGAUGGUCGGGAUGGUCACAAUGGUACAAGAAUGUUUUUUUUAAUCGGACAGUAAAUGAUUUUUUUUCUAUUUUCCUAUCAUGAUUAAGAAGUUUAUAACUGAAUGAAAAGGUAAGGUCGUACGGAUAGUGUUUGGCCAGAAGACAUGGAUAACCUAAGCUCAGUUCCAACGUAUUUUGUCCUAUCUCUUUUUCUCGCAAAAAAGAUGUCGAAGAUCGGCGACACAGGCUGUAAGUCAACCCGUUAUCCUAUGUCUGGCCAAUCACACGUCAGUGUGAACGGAGCUAUGCCGAUAAUAUUAUUUUAUUUCAGUCGAACUCAUCCCUGUUCUAGAACUAGUUCUACCCGGCUGACAACCAAGGAUAUUCUAAAAAAAUCAGCAUCGCACCAUCCUUUUUCCUCUGUUACUAAGGUAUACAAGGUAUUCGAGGCAUCCAAGGUAUUCAAGGCCCGCAAGGCGUCCAAGGUAAAGAUGGCCGCGACGGAAGAGACGGGAGAAACGGAGCGAAGGUUGGUAAAAAAAUAAUAAUUAUUAAAAUGAAGAAAGGAAAGAAGAGAGAGAAAGAACGUCUGAACAUUUGGUUUGAGUGAGAGUCUAAGCUCUUGCGUAGAAUAUCAUGUGAAAUCAAGAUCUAUAGUAAUUAUAUUUCAUAUCUCAUAAUUUAAGUGAAUCAGCAUCUUUUUUUUUUUGGGGAGAGGGAUAUUGUUGAGGCCAAGCAUCCGUUUUCAUGGCCGUUUACGACUCUUUGUCAUGAACCAUAAUUUUUGUCGACAUAAAUUUAACUUUACGAAACUGUUGUUAGCACGUUUUUGCUUUGAGGGUGAAAAAGGUGAGUCUUGUGUCUCAGCUGAACGUGCUAACACCGCUGGAAUAUGUGCAAGGAGUAUCGCUGGCGCUGUUCGCUAUAAUGCUUCCCAAAAUGCUUUGGAAUGGUGCAAUGGUAAAGUUUGGCUACCGGUGGUGAUUGGCGGGAAAGGUCUCGCUGCUAAUCAACCGGGACGUCACUGUCUAGAUAUUUUGAAGUCAGGUGAGUUUGAGAUAAAGCGUCCUUGUAAAGAGAAAAUAGAGAACUACGAAUUUUUCCCUUCAUUGUGACACAUUUAUAGUUUAGUCUAGGUUUUAAGCUGAUUUAUGCUUCCUGCCCGCUUAAAAUAAAUAAACCGCCGAUGUACGCUCUGUUUUCUGGAAAUACAAGAGGAAACCAAUAGGUCUCUGGGAACUCUCGUUGCCGAUUAUUUGUGAGCAACUAAAUCAACUUACGUGAAAUCUAGAAAUCCUAAUUUAUUUCCAGCAAAGGUCGGGGCAGACUUGCGGCGUAAUCCUCGACUCAAGAAGAGUCUAAUUUAAACUGUAAGGUGUAACAGGGAUUUAUUUAGGCUUUCUUUCUGAAGGGUUCACUCACAUGAAAACAUGUCUGCACCUCAAUAAAGUAAUAGCAUAUAGUAAUGAUUUAAUUUGGAUAUAUGUCAAUUAUCACACACAUGCCACAGUUCGUGGGAGGGAUACGGGCUGGAAAACCUUUGCAGUCUGGCAGCUGAAAAAAAGAGCUUCCAAUCUGGCCUGUGAUUGAAUGUAGACGCCCCAUAUACAAGUGCCGUUUGUCAUCUAAUCUUCAGUACUGGAACAAUAAUCAGUCAGGCAAAUUGCAUCAUAUGAUUUAUUCCGGAGGGAAAUCGAUUUCUCGUUUAAUCACUUUUUAUUCUUCCAGGUCACGGUCGUGGUAACGGACUUUAUUGGAUCGAUCCAAACGGAGGCUCGACAGAUGACUCAUUCCAAGCUUUUUGCGACAUGGAAACCGAGGGCGGAGGCUGGACACUAAUUUCCACCAAAGUCUCCUCAAGCUUCAUCUUCAUCAAAACAACGUUCUCAGCAUCAGCAGCAAAAACUACAGACGCCGAUGCAGCAAGUCACAUCCACCCGAACAUGGGGGACUGGGAAGAGGUCAUGUUCCGGUUCAGUGACGUCAGUACCAUCCGGGUUAUUUACAGCAGAAAGGCGAGCGCUCCAAACAAUAACGACAAAACAGACUUCGAAAAGUUCUUAACGGGAACAACUUACAAUAAAAACAACAACAUCCACGGGUUUUACAAGUACAGCCCGGCAGAUCACAAUAACAGGAAUCCCUCUUCUGGUUUUGCCACAAUAUCCAAGCUGCACUUCUAUUCAAAAUACGGAAUAUCUGAAGUUCAUGAUGGCACAGACAAGUGGAUUAACAUGUGGCACAGUGCCCAAAGCUCAAACAACUUCGUCACUUCCGACGACCGCCUUGCGCGUGGUACCAAGUGUAUCGCAGGCUACUGUUAUCUGAACAAACCAAUCUGGGUGAUGGUGCGAUAG